AUGCCUAGUUAUGCUAAAUUUCUGAAGAACAUCCUAAGUAAGAAGAAGAAGUUGAUUGAAUAUGAAACUAUAGCUCUUACCGAAGGAUGUAGUGCACUAUUGACCAAUAGCUUACCCCCUAAGCUCAAAGAUCCAGGAAGUUUUACCAUUCCUUGUUCAAUAUGUGGGAAGGAAAUAUGGAAUGCCUUAUGUGACUUAGGUGCAAGUAUCAACCUCAUGCCUUUAUCGGUUUUCAAUACCUUAGGCAUAGAAAAGGCUAGACCUACUACUGUUACACUUCAAUUGGCAAACAAAUCCAUUGCAUACCCUAAGGGAACGAUUGAGGAUGUUUUAGUGCAAGUUGAUAAGUUCAUAUUUCCUCCAGAUUUUAUUAUACUAGAUUUUGAGGCUGAUAAGGACAUUCCAAUUAUUUCAGGGAGACCAUUUCUAGCCACCGGAAGAACUUUGAUAGAUGUCUAG